CAAGAACUUACAGGUCUCUCCAACGCAAAAAGUCUCUCGACGAUAUUGCGAAUUGCACUAGCGCUUGACAACAAGUCUAUUGAAAGUUUAGGUGUAGCCCACCACAUAAAUUGUUUUUCCAAUUCAAAUAUAUUUAACGGCACAACUCAACAAACGAUCACCAUCACGCAAAAAAAAAAAUGGCCCCCACAAGUAAAUCUUCCAAAAGCGGUCAAUCCGCCCUCCCUUUCAAUCUCCUCCAACGGAAGGACUCCAUUUCCGACCUUCCGCAAGACCAGCUGAACGACCAGAACGCGAUCGCUUUUCUCAAAGACCGCCUGGACGAUGAGCUUGGGUGGGCGUUCCUCGGGAAUCUCCGGGACAACCAUUUACUGGUCCUGGAUGAGCAGAACUGCGAGGAGGGGAUCAAAAUUCUCCUCGGGCAGGAUGUCGACCAUGUGGAGUUGCAGCAGCAAAAUUUGAAGCAACUCGGAAUUAAUAAGCCGGGCGGGAACCAGGCUUUCUUGGCCAGAGCUACUCUCGGCGGGGAAUUAGGCGCUCGGUCUCUCCGGAAGUUGACGGACAGUGAUAACUGCUUUGUCUGUCUCGGAGAUAGCAAACGCGUCAUCGGCCACAGUUUGAUCACAAAUUUGCUGAAGAAGUCGGAUGAAUUUCAGCUCCAAACGGUUGUUUACGACAAAAUCCUGAAAGAAAAUUCCUUUUUGAAAAACCACCUCCGUCCGAGAAUCCCGCUCGCCGAUAAAUUUCGCGUCGGGUGCUACAUUCUGCGCGAGUUCGCGCAACUGCCGAAUUCCCGCAUGGCGUUCCCCCACAUGACGGAGCUGGUUUUUGACCACAACGACCACUGCCUCGGCUUGUUGAUCGAACCGUCCCUCGGCCCGUGCCACACAAAGCAGUGCACGGAAUACCGGAUCUUCGACGCGUUGUGUUUCCCGAACGACGGAAGAUAUGCGCCGACGCGAGCGAGUAUCAAAUGUAAAAAUGUCUGGGUCUGGAAGGUUGCCAGGUUUGUCAUGCAUAUUUUGCAUGACUCAGGAUGUCUGUAAUGCAUGAUCUAGCAUUACAUAUUUCUAGAGGCGCUCCUGAUGCCUAUCCCGCAUGACAAAUGCCCUCCCCGCGUAGCACAAACUGGGCGCCUCUUGCUGGUCAUGCAAUACAGAUUUUUUUAGAGUCCAAAGUUAGCAUCACAAGUUGCAUUCUUCCAGACCCAGACAUCUUUACAUUUGAUAGCGAGCAUUCGGGACAGCUACGUGGAUCAGGGGGGGAUGACGGGGCAAGACGACAGUUCCAAAUUCGGCAAAACGGAGGACAUUAUCGAGGACGUCGUCGGUUUACCCGGGUUCCAGAUGGUGAAACCCGGAAAUACGAAAAAAGCAAGCAAAGACGGCGAGGACCAGUCCAAACAGCAGCAAAAAUUCACUUAUGAAAACGAAACGAAGCAACCCUUCAUCGACGCGAACAUCACUUUCGCAAACCCAUCGCUCCGCAAGGCGUUUGAAAUGCUGGACGUGUCGGACAAAAACGUUGCGCAAAUUGCGUCGAUUCUCGCCGCAAUCGCGAUUUUGUCCAAAAUCGAAUUCACCAACCGCCAAGAAUCCGCGGUCAAUGCGCCGAUCACGCCAGAGUCCGGGAAAGAACCGCACGACAAUGAAGUUCCAACUUUGACGAAGUCGAGCCAACAGCGGGCCAAGGACGCGGCGAAAUAUCUGGGGGUGGAAUCCGACGAUUUGAUCGCGUUUCUGACCAUGACGAAGGUGAAAGUCCCGGAGGGGGUUUUGCAGCGGAAUUCGAUGUACAAAGGGGCGAAUCCAGCAGCUGCAAAUGCGGACGGUACAAGUAAAAAUGUGAACAAUCCGAACCAGACCGGUCGCUUCCUGGACGAAAACCGGUUUGCCACCGACAUCGACCCGGCUAGUCUGGAUUUAGCCGGGAAAACUUCACUGUCCUUUCUGAAACUGGAACUCCGGCGGUUUGUCCGGGUGUUGUACAACCGUUUGUAUUACCGGGUGAUCCUCCGCUCGAUCAACCGGGGUCUUUCCGACAAAAUCGCGCCGAUGUUCUUGGAGUUAGUCGAGCAGUUCGGGCAACAGAAUUUGACGAGUGCUAAUUCCAGCAAUUUUCCGAUCGACUCCCCGGCGAUUAUCCCGUGUCAAGCCCGACCGGGUUGUUUGAUGCACGCCAGGGCUUUGGUCCGGAAGCAGAUUGAGGAAGGGCAAAUUUCGGACAACAGCAACUCUUUGCCCUUUUUAACCCAAAACUGCAAGUCGGUUGUGUCUGUCAUCGAUGGUCUCUCCGACGUUGUCGAACCUUUCGAAUUGAAUGAUUCCUGGACGCAAUUUUUCAAGAACUACGCGUUCGAGAAGUUCCAGGGUUUGUUCGAGGAAAACCUCGUGAUGCAGCAAGCCUUGUACCGGAAAGAGGGGGUGAAACUCCACUUCUCCGGCGUGUCCGCCGAUAAUUCAUCCUCUGCGGUGACAAUGUCGAAGGAUAAGACUGGUCAACACCAACACGCCGGACACAUUCUCGCGGAUCUGGGCCCGAGUAAGGAGGAGCGGAUUGGGUUGCUGGAUAACAUGAACCUGAUCAUCAACAUUCUCGACAACUUUCUCCACGAAAACUCCGAGAAGGGAAAGGAGCACCGGCAGACGGCGAGAACCGGGGGGAAUUUGGAUUCGAAAUUUCACGAGGAGCUGAUUUUAGAAACUAGCGGGUUGAACAGCAGCAAUACGACCGAGGCGGGAGCCGCUGGCGGUGCUACUUCCAGUGCACAACCUACUACAACGUCGAAUAAAACCUUCCAGACUGUUGCCGCGAAGAAAAGAUUGGAUAUUUCUUCGAAAUCCAAAUCUGGCGGGCGUGUGGUUUCCUUCCAACUCAUCCACUACACGGAAUCCCUAUCAAGUGUAAAAAUGUCUGGGUCUCUGGAAGAGGGCAAGACUUGUCUUGCAGGUUUUCCAUGACCCAUGAGGCCUGGCAUGCCGAUCCUGCAUGAGAAACUGCCUCUAAGAACCUGUGGCAAAAGUGGGAAACUUUUGGCGACCACGCAACACAGAUUUUUGUAUGAUUUAGAUUUACCAUGACAAGUUGCAGCAUGCCAGACCCAGACAUAUUUGCAAUGGAUAAUCGCGCGUCGAGUACGACUUCACCAACUGGGUGUCGCGGAACGAACGGUCUAUUUCGUUAAACGGGGAGAAUUUGCUGAAGGGGUCGAGCUUACCGAUGGUCCGGGUUGUGUUAGCUGGCGAGGAUGCGGAAUCUGUGUUGAAGAUCGGUGCGAAUAACGCGAAUAAUUUGCGUGGUAAAUUGUCGGAGGAGGAACAACAGCAAAACUACCCGACCUUGCACACCCGUUCGUUCGCAUCGUGUUAUCGGAAGAAAAUCCAGGACAUGCUGAACACGAUUGAUACCUCUGUGGCCGGGAAAACGAAGUUCGUCCGGUGCUUGCGGAUCAACAGCUUGGCGGGGAGUAAAGCGCUGCCGGAUCAGGCGACUUGGUCGAAGAUUGUGGACAACAAAUACUUGGCGCAACAACUCCUCGCGACGAAGUCGACCCAUUUGUACCAAUUACUGUCGCAUGGGUUCGAAUGGGUGUUACCGCAUGAACCCUUAUGCAAUGCUUUCAUGCAGGAGCUGAUGCAGUUGAAAAAGAAGCAAAACUCUUCUUCCGGGCAGGCGAGAUCCGGGUCGAAGAGCUCGAAUCGGUCGUCUCUGUUGGAGAUGAACGCUCUGGAGUACAAGCAGCGGUUUCUGCUCUUAAACACGGAAAACAACUCACCCCACCACGGACACGUGCUGCAUCAAAUCGGAGCUUCGAACCGAGCGUCAGGCGGUUUGAAUCUUGGUCAAGGAUCUCGUGGUUCUACUGGCAUCAACGAUAUACCGUCGGGUCAGCAGGCGUUCAGUUCGAACGUGUUGGAGUUUUUGGAAUUGCUGUUGAACCUGGUGUUGAAACGGAUUUUAAAAGACCACCGGAAGGAGUUUCUGAACAGUUUCGCGUCAGAAUUCCCCGACGAAUCCUCCUCCUCCGAAGAAUCCGACGAGUCCACGGCGAUUGACGAUCCGACGGUGGCGAAUCACCUCAUGGUGAACGCGCCGAGCCGGAUCAAACCGAUGAAGGACGUGAUGGUCGGGAAAUCGUUGUUGUUUUUACAUGCUCGGCACAAACGGGUUUAUUUGUUCUUACGUGAAUUACUGGAAUUGGUUUUCAACGGGGAUUUGCAAACCGCGAGGGUAAGACUCGGGUUGACGAAGGAGCAGAUGGGGCAAGAUUUGAGUGUGGUUCCGUCAGGGAUUUUGGUGAAGAAAAAAUCCAAAUUAUCCUCAGUAAAAACGUACCCACACCAGAGUUGUAAUGCAAAUCUGCAUGCUGAAAAUGUUUCUCAUGCGGAGCCCCAUGAGAAGCAUUUUCCAAUCGUGUUUUGCAACUUGUCAUGCUCCAAUCAGCAUGGUAUGCUAGAUCUGUGAUGCUGCCGAGCUAGCUCAAGCAGCACUACACUACGAAUCCAAAUUUGUCAUGCAAAACAGCCAAAGCUUGUGGAUUUGUCUAGCUGAUUCCCCAACUUGACUCUGGUGUGGGUACGUUUUUACUCAGGAUACAAAUCGACCUCGGUCUUGUUCAAGGACAUGCCGAGUACAUCGGGAGAUUCUGGUGAGAAGAAGCGUGAAUCUUCUUCGAAAAAGGACCGCAAAUCCCUGUCGGAAAAGGAAAAGAAACGGCAGCAGCAAAUCGCGGACAGCUUGGAAGGGAAACAGGAACGGCAAUCAGAAAUGGAAAAGAAGAAAACCCCAGUCCUCGACGAGCCCCUUUCUGGUGUUUACAAGCGCCCGAAGAAAGAGGACUUGCUGGAGAAAAUCCGCACUUCCCUCGACAACGGAGAAACACUCCUACCCGGUUCCGUAUCAACUGCAACUAUGUCUGGGUCCGGAAACUUGUGAUGCAUGUCAGUCAAAAAUAAGCACACUGUAAUGCACCGCCAAACAUGACAGAUUUCUCCGCAGCUCUGUGUUGCGUAUUCGGCAUGAGAAGCAGCCACUUUGCAUGACACAAAAGAGGAGCUCUUCGUAGCGACGCAAUACAGAGCUUAGUGUCAACAUGCCAGACUAGCAUGACAAAUGUCGCAUUCUUCCAGACCCAGACAUAUUUGCAUUUCAUAUUCCGCGCACACUGACAACAUGCCACGGGUCGAUGUGGAGAAAGAUUUCCAGCCUAAAUUCAAACGGCCGCCGCUACAAUUGCUGAAAUCCGCGGUGAAGCAGGUGGUCGCGGCUAAAUCGAGCAAAUUGUCCAAGAAGAAGGAAAAGGGUAUUGUCGUUGACCUAUCCGACGGCAUCCCUUUAAACGCCGUGCAGAUCAAGGAAAACGUGCGGAAAUCCAUGGCGAGAGGCGAUGUUUUGGAUAAAAACGUGAGCCCGCAGCCGGAAGUUGCUGGGAAUAACGUAGUGCCGAAGUUCUUGAAGGCGACGACCGAGGAUAAAGAGGGGGUUGCGGCGCAAGUUCGCAAGUCGAGUUCUGGGGAGCGGAAGUUGAUGGACAGAGCGGGCAUGGGUGCGAAUGUGAACACGAGUAACAUGGUACAACUAUCCGCCAGCACUGUAUGAAAUGCAAAUAUGUCUGGGUCUGCAAGAGUGCAAGUUUGUCAUGCUUGUCUGGCAUGACUCUCAAAUCUGUGAUGCGUGAGCAGGAAAAGGGCCUCUUGCCUGUCAUGCAAAAACGCAGCUUGUCAUGCGAAAAACGAAACACACAGCAGCACGAAAAACUUGUCAUGCUGGGCUGCAUAUUACAGUGCGCCCACCAUUCGCAAAUUAGCAUUACAAGUUCUUAUUUCCAGACCCAGACAUUAUAUUUGCAAUGCAUACACUGCACCUCCUGCGAAGAAGAGAUCCAGCACGACAUCCCCGCCGCCGCAGAGACGGGUCAGUAAGUCGGACGGGAUCGUUCGCAGGAUGAGCCAGGGUAGUACGACUGGGAAGCAAGAGAAAGAGCAAAUUCCUGCGCAGCCAGCCGCGGAGACGCAGCGAUUCUCUGCAGGUCGGAGGUUUGGGUUCACCGCGGGGUCUAUCAAAUGUAAAAAUGUCUGGGUCUGGAAGGAUGCAAAUUGUGAUGCGGCCUUUGGAUUCUACAAAAAUCUGUAUUGCGUGAGCAGCAAGAGGAGUUCAGUUUUUGCCACGCAGAGGGGGCAUUUCUCAUGCGGUAUAGGCAUCAGGAAGCGCUCACAAAAUCUGUGAUGCUGGGGCAUGCAUCACAGGCAUCAUGGAUCAUGCAAAAUGAGCAUGAGAAAUCUCACAACCUUCCAGACCCAGACAUUUUUACAGUUGAUAGGGUCAAGGGGCGAGUCCGCGCAAGCAGCAAACGCGGUGGCGGCAAACGCUACGCAAGAAAGAGCUUCCACCUCUAGUACCAGGAAGAGUAAGAAAACCGACGCCGAUGUCAUCACGCAGAGCUCUUCUUUAGAUCACGCUUUGACGUUGAAGGAGCGGAUGGCGAUGUUCAACAAAGCUGCCCACGUGGAGAACCAGAUUGUCAAAGCGCCCCGGUCGCCCAGCCCGACUUUGACGCGAAAAGCGCCGUCGGUGCCCGCGACUAGUAGUGCGGCGGUGGUGUCCAAUGUGGCGGGAAUAAAUCCGCCAGAAGGGAGGAAGUCUCUGUCGCGGAAAUCUGUGAAGAAGCAGGAACAACCUGUUGUUCCAGAACCGAUAUGGAUUGCAAAAAUGUCUGGGUCUGGAAGAAUGCAAGAUUUGUCAUGCAUAUUUCUCAUGACCCACGAUGCCUGUAAUGCAUGCCCCAGCGUCACAGGUUUUUUGAGGGAUUCUUGAUGCCCAUUCCGCAUGACAAAUGCCCUCUCCGCGUAGCAAAAAUUAGACUCUGUUUGCUGCUCAUGCAACACAAAUUUUUUAGGCAUCGAAACACAGCAUCACAAGUUGCAUUCUUCCAGACCCAGACAUUUUUACAGUUGAUAUCCAGAACCGAAUGACAACGACGACAUUGAAAUCGUCGUGGACGGGUCUCCUCGAGAAGCUGCUGCUUCUAUCAAAUGCAAAAAUGUCUGGGUCUGGAAGGAUGCAAGGUUUGUCAUGCACAUUUUGCAUGACUCCUGAUGUCUGCGAUGAAUGCCCUAGCAUCACAGAUCUUGUGAGGGCUUUCUGAUGCCUAUACCGCAUGAGAAAUGCCCUCUCGCCGUGGCCAAAACCAGACCUCUUUUGCUGUUCAUGCAAUACAGAUUUUAGGAUAAUGCAGACGCAGCAUCACAAGUUACAUCCUUCCAGACCCAGACAUUUUUACAUUUGAUAGCUUCCGCACCGGCACGAAAGAGCGCUUCACGAGGGCCCGAACAGCAAGACCAGCGAAAAAUUUUCCGAAAAUCGUCCACCGAGACCUUCGUGAGGGGUUCCGAAUCAAAAGAAGCUGCUGUCAUUGCUGCUGCAGCAAACUCGGCGAAGAAGACAACUGUGCCAGUAACCGCCUCUACCCUGCCCGAUACAAACCUGCGAAAGUCCGUUCGCAGCAGCAGAACAGCUGCUGCUACCACGGCGCCGGUGAUGCCCACAAAGAUUUUAAAAUCCGAGGGGAGCAGCCAAAUUGCAGCCAGGGCUGCGGUAGCGGCAGCGAGAGGGCAAAAUGUUUCUGCGAAGGGGAAGGGGAAGAUGAUGGGACCGCCGAAGGGGAAGGGAAAGGCCGUGAGAGCCGCGCCGCCACCGGUCGAGGAUGAUACUGGGUUCUUUGGCGGAUUGUUUGGUUAAGUUUUUAGUCCGCAUUUUUCGAGCGAUUUGUUUUUUUUCUAAAUUUCGAAACAAGCGUGUGUACACGCAUCCACUUGUACGAAUCUCUGAAAUACAUGGUAGUUUCAUUCGUUCUGUAUUUUGCACUACCUUCUACGCAUACAUUAUCCGACGGUACAUUCUUGUCCGUCGUUUCUCACACCGUACGUUUUGCGCGCAGCGCUUCCCAGCCUGUCGCCACGCUUUUAUUUCAUUCAUAGCAUAACAUGGAAUCUCCUGAAAUUAGUUGAGUGUCACACAACUUUUAAUAUUCGAGAAGUUUUCAUCGACAGCUUAUCAACGUAGCCCAUUUUAUUUACGAGUAGUCGUGUAUGGUCCCUCAGACUUCAAAUCAAAUUUUUGCGUUUACAGUACAACAUACAAAGUAGUCAACUGAUCUCAUUGAACAAUGCCGCGAACGCGAUGGUGACGCAAGGACGAAAAUGGUUUGAGGAAAGGAUAACAAGCACAACGCGAGGACACUACUUUGUUCGUCUACUGAAUUAUCUUUUACUCCCGGAAAAU